UUAUUUUAAAACGCGUGAUAAAUUAUUGAUUUUAAAAAUAUUUUUAUUUUAUUUUUUUUUUGCAUUUUUUACGUUUCGUGCAAAUCGUGUGCGUGCGUGUACGUGCGUUUGCAAAACCAAAAACUACAUACCGAGAUUCAUUAAAAUGUUUCCUAUACAUCAGCUAACGUUUAUUUUAAUAAUUUCCUGCCUUAAUGUAAAAGUGGUAUAUACGCAACACCAGCAACAACAGCAGCUGCAACAAUACGAAUAUGAACGACCAUCCACAUCACCAACACUACCUAUUUUAGAAUCUAACAAUAUUGACAGUAACAGUAGCACUAACAGCAAUAGCAGUAAAUGCGUCAACAGCAGCAACAUCACCGACAGCAGUAAUAGUAUUAGUAGUAGUAUUAGUAGUAGUAGUGGUAGUAGUAGUAGUAGUAGUAGUAGUAGUAAUAGAAUUAGUAGCAGCAGCAGCAGUGGCGGCAUCAGUUUUUCAAUUGGAAAAUAUUAUGGUUCUGGACAAAAACCACAUAAACAACAAGCACAACAGCAACAUGAACAACAAGAACAACAAGAACAACAACACCAACCACUGCAUUCAUUUAAGAAAUUGCCCGAUAGCACCACUAAAGGCUUUAGGAUGCCGUUACCAAUGGCCAAACAACUAACAGCCUCACGUAGACCAAAUCCAUUUAAAAAAUGGUUCGGUGUUUUCAAUCGGAACAUUGCAGCACCAACAUCAACCACACCAUCAUCAGCGUCAUUAUCGAAUACAUCAGCCGUUACACUAAACACAACACUUAAUACAUGUUCGUGCAGAUGUGGCGAACGCAACGAUGAGUCACGUAUCGUUGGUGGCUCGACUACCGGCGUCAGUGAAUAUCCAUGGAUGGCCCGUCUUAGCUACUUUAAUCGGUUUUAUUGCGGCGGCACCUUAAUAAACGAUCGUUAUGUAUUGACAGCUGCUCAUUGCGUAAAAGGUUUCAUGUGGUUCAUGAUUAAAGUUACUUUCGGCGAACAUGAUCGUUGCAAUGACCGAGAACGUCCUGAAACGCGUUUCGUUUUAAGAGCUUUCACGCAGAAAUUCAGUUUUGCAAAUUUUGAUAACGAUAUUGCGUUAUUGCGUCUCAAUGAUCGCGUGCCUAUUACUAGCUUCAUACGACCGAUUUGCUUGCCCCGUUACGAUCAACGUCAUGACCUUUUUGUAGGCACUAAAGGCAUAGCAAGCGGUUGGGGAACUUUGAAGGAAGACGGUAAACCGUCGUGUUUGUUGCAAGAGGUUACCGUGCCCGUUUUGGAUAAUGAAAUCUGCGUUGCCCAAACGAAUUAUACGCAAAAAAUGAUUACCAAAAAUAUGAUGUGCGCCGGUUAUCCGGGUAAAGGUGAGCGUGACAGUUGUCAAGGGGAUUCGGGUGGUCCAUUGGUACGUAUGCGACCCGACGAUAAACGCUACGAACAAAUUGGUAUCGUUUCGUGGGGCAAUGGUUGUGCUCGUCCCAAUUACCCCGGGGUUUAUACGAGAGUUACCAAAUACUUAGAUUGGAUUAUUGAGAAUUCUAAAGACGGUUGCUUCUGCGAGGAGGGAAUGUACUAAACAAAAUGAAACCGUAAGGGGAAUUAAUGAAAACGACACAAUACAGAGUAUUUUAGUUUUAAUUUUUAUUUAACAAAAAAGACAAAAAAUGUUAUUCUAUAGCAAAUAUAUUAAAUUAAGAAAAUAUUUGUGUUCUUCAUAACUAUUGAAGACUAAAACCUUUUGGAAAGGGUGAGGUGAAAACAAAAUAAACAAUUUGUUUGCCUAAGUUAUUCUAUUCUAUUUAUUUUAUUUAUUCAUUUAUGGCAUUUUAAUUUUUCUUUGUGAACAUUAAGUUUUUAAGUAUCUAAGGCCGAGUAGGCAAGGCAUCUCGACUGACAGCUCAAUGAUCGUGGGUUCAAAUCUCAAGUGCGAUAGAGCCGAUAUCCUUACGUGCUAGAGCUUUAAGACUUUAUUAUUGGAAUUCAUUUCUCUGGCUAAAUUAAUUAUGAUAAUAGUAGCAAUAAUAAGUAUUUCAGAGUUGCAAUGUACAAGUGAGGUGAGCAGAUUAAGGAAAGUGUCCGGCCUUUCUCUCUCUCUCUCUCUCUCUGUUUUUAUCUCUAUCCCUUCUUCUUUUUUUCUCUCUCUUUCUCCUUUCGCCCGUCAGUGUACAUAUUUUUACCUUGUAUCCUAACAUAUCUAUAACUCGGCUACCUAAAAUACGGUUAAUUUGUACCAUGGGGUAUCGAAAUUGUGUUAAACGAAACUUUCACAUUUUGUUAUUUAAACUAAACUAUCAUAUACAAUAACAUAAUUUUGCACAGUGUUAGUAACCAUGUCUACCUGCAUGUCCGUCUGAUGAAAUCAAGAUUAUGUUUUUAAAAGUUUAUCAAAAAGACCUGCCGUCGCUCUAAAUUGUUCUUUCUAAAUUUCAACAAAUAGACCUCAGAAAUCGGUACGCCAGAUCGU